AAGGCCGACAUGCCUCCUGUUCUCCGAUAUUCUUCGUUUGUUCACCACGCGGAUAUUUCAUUUCCCAUCAUGCUUUGUUUCAGCAUGGCUGCCCCCUGAAGUCGGCGUGUGUGUAAACAUUUGUAUUUUAGGACACAAACGCGGCGGUUUUGAUGACAAAUCUUUGGAGAACACCGACUGUCUGAUCGAGCACGAGGCAAAGAUGAAAAUCAAAUCCAAGUCUUCGUACCACAAAUCUGAGAACACCUUCAGGUUUCUCACUUUUGCUGAACGACUCGCCAAAGUGAACAUCGAUGUCAUCCAUCGUAUUGACCGAACCGGAUCGUUCUCAGAGGAAGUGGAAACGUACUUUUCAGAAGGGCUGAUGAAAUGGAGAGACCUCAACCUCACAGAACAUUUCACCACAUUCCUGAGAGAAGUGUCCAGCAAGAGCCAGUCCUUCAACCUGCUGGUUUUCCACCAGAAGUCCAUUGUGGAGAGCCUGCAAACCCAUCUGGCUGUCAAAGACAGUCUGGCGUUCCAGCCCCUGCUGGACCUGGUGGUGCAGCUGGCCAGAGACUUGCAGACGGACUUCUACCCGCAUUUCCCAGAGUUCUUCACUCUCAUCACCUCUCUCCUGGAAACCAAAGACACAGAGCUGCUGGAAUGGGCUUUCACCUGCCUGUCCUACCUCUACAAGUACCUGUGGAGGCUCAUGGUGAAGGACAUGACCAACCUCUACAGUUUGUACAGCACCCUGUUGGCGCACAAGAAGGAGCACAUCCGCAACUUUGCAGCUGAGAGCUUCUCCUUUUUGAUGAGAAAGGUUCCAGACCUGGACGCCUUGCUGACCCACAUGUUCUCCGACCUGGAGCAGCACCCGGAGAAGGUGGAGGGGGCGGGUCAGCUGCUGUUUGAGAUGUGCAAAGGCGUCCGCCACAUGCUCCACUCCUGCGCUGCCACCGCCUUCCCCGCGGUUCUGCGUAAGCUGGGCCCCAUAACCAGCCCCGCGGCCUCUCUGCCGUGGGACGCUGUCCGGGACGCUGUGGAUCACAUGCUUCAGACGGCUGCGGCUCACGUCCACAGAGAGCACUUCCAGGUUUUGUGGGAAUCCCUGCAGGUCAGCCUGGAGGAGGUCUUUGGUGUCGUGGAGGCAGGGGGGGAGGACCCCGAGCCGGCCAUGGAGCAACUGGAGAGGCUGCUGUUCGUUCUCCACACCCUGGUGUCCCACAAGGGCGGGGCCAAAGUCACCCAGCCGGAGGCGGUCUGCCAGACGGCGCUGCGGCUGAUUCAGAGCGCCUCCCUGAGGACUUCCUGCUCCCGUCUCCUCCUGCAGAUCACCUCCUCGCUGCUCCUGGGGGAGAACGUGACCCUGCAGGGGGGGGUCAUAGCGGAGGUGAUCCAGAAGGUGUUCAGCAGCUCCAUGGAGCAGGAUUUAAUCUUGGAGUUCACCAAAGAGAUGCUGAGCAUGAACCAGUUUGAGCAGCUCUUCCUCCCCAGCCUGCUGCGCUACACGGCCGCUCUGUUGAGCUGCUGCGACGCUCCGUCUCGCCACGGCGCUCUGGAGGCGCUGGUCCACCUUAUCCUCACCAAAGCUCCGCCCCCGUCUGAUGGCGCCCUGGCUUUUGAGACGUACCCACUACUCUUCAACGGAGCGACCACAGAAGCGCCCCCUGGGGAGCUGCUGAGCGUGCCGCAACAGGUGCUGGCCCUGAUUCCAGAGGAGCAGAGCGGCGCCACCACUGACCUGUCGCUGCCCUGGGCUGCACUGGUGUUGCUGCCUCAUCUCAGACCUCUACCAGCAGCUCAGGUCGUUCCUGCUGUGGCAGCUUUCCUGAACCACCUUCUGGAUCAGAUCCAGACGGACCUACUCGGGAAAGCUGGUCUGUUCGUGGCCCGCCAGGCUCUGAGCUGCCUCCUGUCUCUGGACGGCUCCGCCCACAUCCUCUCCCUGCUCUCUGUGGACGCCGUCAACGCCGUCUUGCGGAAGUUCCCGUCGGACCCGUCUGCGCUGCUCUUCGCUGACCUCUAUUACACCCGCCUCUCACUCUGUGGCGUCUCUGAGCAUCUAUCCCACAAUGCACUGCUGGAGCUCUACCAGAUGCUGCACGCCAACCUCUCCUCCAACGUUUCAAAGAUCCGCCUCCUGACUCUGAGGAUCUUCUGUCAGUUUGAGGCGGAGCUUCCUGCCCAGGUGGAGGGAGAGGAGAGUGUGGAGGUGCAGCCGGUGUUUGCCGUCUGCAUGCAGGCAGAGGUGGUUCCAGCUUCAGUGCAGGACUACAGAGACAAGCUGCUGCACCUGCGCAAGCUGAGACACGACCUGGUGCAGCGCAGCCUGCCAAACGGCCCGCCCGGCACCUUCCAGCAGGUUCCUCUGAGAUUUCUCGUGGCUAUGCUUUUUGUUAACUUCCGGCCGCUUUGGGACGCAGUUAUUGAACUCAUCGUGAGUCAUGCUCGCGGGAUGGACAACAAAGACUUCUGGAGAGUCUUCCAUGAGCAUCUGGAGAUGGUCGCCGGCCUGGCAGAGAAGGAGCUGCAGGACGAUGACGAGGAGGAGGAGAGAGAAGGGGAGGAGCCUGGCUGUGAUGUAAUCGAAAGCGGGGAUGUGGGGGUUCUGUUCCUGGAGCAGCUGAAGCUGAACUCCGACCCCUACGACCGGACGGACUUCCCCAACUUUCGCGGCCUCCUGUGGCGAGCCAUGGCUCAGUUCCCAGAGCGGGUGGAGGCGCGCAGCCGAGAGCUGAGCCCGCUGCUGCUCCGCUUCAUCAGGAACGAGUUCUAUCCCACCGACCUGCUGGUGGCGCCCACUCAGGACCUGCGGAAAACGAAGGAUGCUGCUCAAGAGGAGACGGAGAAGGAAGAGGAGGAUGAAGAGGAGGUGGAGGGAGACGGCAAACCUCAAAGGAAGGCUCUACCACGGAGAGCUGCUGCCAAACAGCUCAUCACCCACCUCAAGGUGUUUGCUAAGUUCACAAACCCCAGAGCUCUGUACCUGGAGUCCAGCCUGAGCCAACUUUACCACCAGUUACUCUGUCAUCAGGACCAGCAGAUUCAGCGUGUAGCUCUGGAGUGUGUGCUCACCUACAAAGACCCAAACCUCCUUCCAUACAAAGAGAAUCUGGAGAGGCUGCUGGAGGACAAACACUUCAAAGAGGAGAUGGUCCAUUUCAACAUCUCUGAGGAGACGGGAGUGGUUGACGCUUCGCACAGAGGACAGCUGAUCCCCGUGCUCAUGAGGAUCCUGUUCGGCCGCCUUCGCAGUAAAGCUGGCAGCAAGUUCCAGGGGAAGUCCAGCGCCGGCGUCCGCUCCUCCAUCAUCCUGCGCUUCCUGGCAGGUUGUCAGGCGGAGGAGCUGGGAAUGUUCAUCGACCUGCUUUUGGAGCCCGUCAAACAUCACAGCCGAGGUUCCUGUUUGGAGGCGGUCCAGAGAGCGGUGUCGGACACAGACCCGGCCGCAGUGCUGCCUCUGGGCCGUCAGCACAGCCUGCUGAACAUCCUGGACGUGGUGAUCCACAAACUGGGCCACCUCAUCCACGUGUACCUGCCCCGAGUGCUGCAGGUGCUGCUGUGUGUGACGGCCUCUGUGUCGGCCGUGUUAGACGGCAGGGAGCAGCUGCGACCCGGAUGCAUAAGUCCUCUGAAGAACCUGAGGCGGUUGGGCAUCCUGAAGAUUCAGGACUUCUUUGAUGGCUUCGACUCGUACAGCUUCAGUCCAGACGAGAUCGAUGCCGUGUUCCAGGCGGUGGUCUGGACUCAGGUGUGCCGUCUCCCCACAGAGAGCCCCUACUCCCCCACACCCCUGCUAAAGCUCAUCCACGUUUGGUGCAAAAAUGCCAGGUAUUUCCCCCUCCUGGCCAAACAGAAGCCGGACCACCCACAGUGUGACGUCCUCCUCAACGUCUUCGCCCUCCUCUCAGCAAAGAACGCGUCCCCGGCCACCGUCGCCAUGGUGAUGGACAUAGCCGAGUCUCUCGCUACAGCGGAAGAUUUCGUUCCGUCAGACACGGAAACUGCUCUGGAUGUGAACGGCUGCGUGUUCCCACAGCCUGAAGAGGGCGCUGGUCUGACUCCAGAAUGUUUAAGUCAGGGCUGCAGGCUGCUGCUGCCCCACAUCUCCACCCUGCUGCUGUACUUCAACGGAGUCGUCCGCAACACCGACAGGCUCAGGAAGAAGAAGUUCCGAGCGCAAGUCUCCAAAGAGCUCAACAUCCUGUCCAAGAUCAGUCGGUUUGUGAGCGAUAAGGAGCAGAGCUCGGUGCUCAUCAGUCUGCUGCUGCCGUUCCUCCUCAAAGGCAACAACGCUCAAGAGACGGAGAUCGACAUCCUGGCCACAAUCCAGAACCUGCUGCGUCAGUGCGAGCGUCCGUCCGCCUUCCUGCGGCCGCUCAGCAAACUGUUCGCCGUCAUUCACAACAAGCUGCCCCGGAAAGCCCUCACCGCCGUCUUCCAGACUCUGUCGGAUCUGGACGCGUCGCUCUCGUACAUCACCGAGUUGGCAGCAAAGCUCAACGCCUUCGACAGCCGACAUCUGGACGAGGUCUACUUUGACGUGCGCUUAACGGCUUUCCAAGACGCCACCCGGCGCGUCAGAGACCUGCAGAGCCUGGACCUGGACCUCAUCAGCACCAUCGUGUACAACUGUUUCCACACGUAUGAGAUCGGCGACAUGUCCCUGGCGGAUAAUGCCACCCUGUGCUUGUCCACGGUGAUCGGCCGGCUGGCGGCUGUUGGACCAGGAGAGCAGAUUUAUAGGGAUCUGAUCCAACACACCAUCCUGGACGCCGUUCUUAAGGGGCUGCGCAGCAAGACGGAGAGUGUGCAGCAUGAGUACACCUCCAUCCUGGCCUGCCUGGUGAAGAACUUCCCCUCCAGGAAGGAGUUCAGAGACCUGGUGCAGCUCACCGACUACAACGACCCGGAGUCGGAUUUCUUUGAGCACAUGAAGCACAUCCAGAUUCACCGGCGGGGUCGCGCCCUCAGGAAGCUGGCCAAGCAGCUGAGCGAAGGGACGGUGACGAUGAGCCCGCGCUCCCUGCAGAACUACGUCAUGCCGUACGCCAUGACGGCGCUGCUGGACGAGAAGAUGCUCAAGCACGAGAACAUGACCUCGGCGUCCGUGGAGGUGGUGGGGGCCGUGUGCCGCCGACUCACCUGGUCCAAGUACCUGUACUACCUGAAGCAUUUCAUCCACAUCCUGCAGACGGGACAAACCGAGCAGAAGCUGGCCGUCAGCCUGCUGGUCACCAUCCUCCAGUCGUUCCAUUUUGACCAUCAGACCCUCAGCAGGGAAAUGGAAGCCGCCAAAGCCAGAGAAGUGGGGAUGACUGAACCUGAGGAAGAGGAAGCUGCAGAUGAAGUGGAUGGGAGUGACGAGGAGGACGCGAUGGAGACCGAUGGGAAGACGGACGACGUCCCCAUGGAAACGGAGGCUGCAGAGGGAGAGGGGGGCGGCCCCGCUGAGGAAAAGAGCAAAGCUAAAGGGAAAACGGGACGGAGCGCUGUGCCCAGCGGACUCCCUCAGAGCAGAGAGGAGCUGGAAGCUCUCGUCAGCGCCAUCCACCAGACCGUCAACGACAGCGUUCUGCCGCGCCUGCACAAGUGUCUGACUGCAAAGGUGCAGCGUGACCAGGAGCACAAGGCGGUGAAAUCCAAGGACGUGAAAGAUGAGGAGGUGGCCCGGAUCCCCAUCGCCUUCGCCAUGGUCAAGCUGAUGCAGACGCUGCCGCCUCACAUCAUGGAGGCCAAUCUUCCUGGAAUCCUGAUCAAAGUUUGCGUCCUGCUGAGGAACCGCUUCCAGGAGAUCCGUGACGUCGCCCGCGGAACUCUGGUGAAGAUCCUGGAGACUCUGGGCUUCAGGUUCUUGCACUACCUCCUCAAGGAGAUGCAGGCCGUCCUGGUGAAAGGAUAUCAGGUCCACGUUCUGACAUUCACCGUGUUCCAGCUGCUGUCGGCCCUCAGUCCCACCCUGAAGAGCGGAGAGCUGGACCCCUGCAUGAGCAUGCUGAUUGAUAUCUUCAACAACGAGCUGUUCGGUUCGGUGGCUGAAGAGAAGGAGGUGAAGGGCAUCGUCUCCAAGCUGAUGGAGGCGCGGCACAGCAAGAGCAUGGAGUCCUACGAGCUGCUGGCUCGCUUCUGCAGCAGGGAGAGCAUCACCAAGCUCAUCCUGCCCCUGAAGGAGAUCUUGGAGACCACAUCCAGUCUGAAGGUGUGUAACCGGGUGACUGCUGUCCUGCGGCGCCUGGUCAUGGGUCUGCUGGUCAACGCUGGCAUGACCUCACAGGACAUCCUGCUUCUGAGCCACAGCCUGAUCAGCCAGAGUCUGCCGCUGCUCACCAAGAGAGACCGAGAGAAAGCAUCGACUAAGCCCCCCCCAGACCCCAGACUUCCUCCUCCCAGCUGCCUGCUCCUGCCUCCUACUCCAAAACGAGGAGGUGUGAAAGCCCCCGUCAGCAGCCGCACCAACAUGCACAUCCUGGUGGACGCUGGGCUGAAGCUGCUCCACCUGAGUUUGAAGAAAUCCAAGGUGACCUCGUCUGAGCCCUCAGCGCUGGAGAUGCUGGAUCCUUUUGUGCUGCUGCUGCUGGAAUGCAUCAACUCCAUGCAUGUUAAAGUCAUCACAGAAGCUCUGAUUGCAUUCACGUGGUUGCUCAAGUUCCCUCUGCCGGCAGUGGCGCAGAACGCCGAGCAGCUGACCAAGCAGCUCUUCGUCCUGCUGAAGGAUUACUCUAAAGCUGGAGCCGCCCGCGGCGAGAACUACCACUUGGUCCAGAACUGCUUCAAGGCCGUGACUAUUUUGGUCAAAAACGUCAAAAGCAACAAGAUCUCUGAGACCCAGCUGCAAGUGCUGCUGGGAUACGCAGAGGAGGACAUCUAUGACCAGUCCCGCCAGGCAACCGCCUUUGGUCUGCUGAAGGCCAUCCUGUCCAGGAAGCUGGUGGUGCCGGAGAUGGAGGACGUCCUGAAGAAGGUGGCCACGCUGUCCAUCACGGGCGGUAACGGCAUGAUCAGAGUUCACUGUCGACAGAUUUACCUGAAGUACCUGCUGGACUAUCCGCUGGGGAAGAAGCUGAAGAACCACCUGGACUUCGUGGUGGCUCAGCUGCAGUACGAACACGACACGGGCAGGGAGUCUGCGCUGGAGAUGCUGGCCUACAUCUUCCAGACGUUCCCGCAGAACUUACUGUUCAAACACUGCAGUCUCUUCUUCGUCCCUCUGGCGCUCGUCGUCGUCAACGAUGACUCUGCAAAAUGCAAAAAAAUGGCUGCCAUGGCUAUUAAGACCCUGCUGACUCACCUGGACCUGAACCACCAGAACACCUUGUUCUCCUUUGUCACCACCUGGCUGAAGUCUGAAAAGACCAGCCUGCGGCGCCUAGGCGCUCAGAUCUGCGGUCUGUACGUGGAGGUGGAGGAGGAGGAGUUCUCCAGCAGGCUGGAGGAGCUGCUGCCACUGCUGGAGAAGGAGAUCCACCCUGACAACUAUGAAGACAUCGAGGAGGAGCAGGACGAGAGAGGAGCCGACCGCCUCCUGUUCAGCCAGCUGACGCUCCUCGCCAAACUGUGCAAACACGUCAGCCUGCUGGAGCUCAGCAAACCCGCGGAGACGCUCCGUCACAUCUGGAGUCACAUUGAAGCCCACCUGCGGCACCCCCACUGCUGGGUGUGGCUUACCGCCUCGCAGAUUUUCGGGCAGCUCUUCGCUGCUCAGCCGGCGGAGAAGCUGGUCGCCGCGUGGAAAGAAGGAGGAGGACACGCCUCCUCGAUAGCGACCGGCUUCAUAACCAGCAACCUGGACAAAAAGAUGAGGGAGUUGGCGUUAUCGUUCUGCCAUCAGCUGCAGUCCAAGUUCCUGGACACGCCCUCAGGAGAACAGGUGAUCAAGAACCUCCUCUACGUCGGAAAGGUGAUUUAUCUCAUCUCCUCAGAGUCUGACAUCCAGGAAAAGGAGCAGGGCGAGCCGGAGGACAGGGACAGUGAUGACGAAGAGGAGAAGAAGGAACAAGAGAAGGAGGCAGAGGAGGAGGAGGACAGGGACAACAGGCCUCCUUCUCUGCUGUGGCUGAUGAAGAAGCUGUCUCUGAUGGCCAAGAGGGAGGCGGCACACUCUCCCAAAGUUCCUCUGAAAAGAACCUGUGUCUUUAAAUUCCUGGGGGCGACGGCCAUCGAUUUGGGGAAGGAGCGGCUUGGACCUUAUCUGACCACCAUCAUCACUCCUCUGUACAGAGAGCUGGACAGCACGUAUGCAGAGCAAGAUCCCACCCUGAAGAAUCUGGCGCAGGAGCUGAUCGAGCUCCUCAAGAAGCAGGUGGGGCUGGAGGGCUUCUCGCUGGCCUUCUCCGCCGUGCAGAGGGAGUUUUCACAGCGGCGAGCCGCACGCAAACGCCACAGAGCCAUGCAGGCGGUUUCCAACCCCGACAUUGCUGCCAAGAAGAAACUCAAGAAGCACAAAAAUAAAAUCGAGGCCAAAAAGCGAAAAAUUGAGUUCCUGCGGCCCGGAUAUAAAGCCAAGAAGCAGCGUAGCCACGCCCUCAAAGACCUCGCCAUGGUGCAGUGAGGACGGAAACUCCUGCAGCUGCCCAGAACCCCGUUACUCCUCUGAGUCGGUCUGGAGGUUCUUUACAAAAGUGUUCAGGCAGAACGGCCGCCGCUGCAGGAAGACGAAGACUUUUGCUUUUCGGUGCAGUUUCAUGUACAGACGCUUGGAAUAAAAAACAGACUUUAUUCUGGAACUGAAGAUGGAAGACUCCAAAACAUUUCCUGAAUGUUUCCUUUAAAACGUUUGCAGGGACGAUAAAAAUGCAAUUAAGCUUUUUGGCCCUACACGGCUUCCGUACAUGAGGAGCAAAGCAGAAGCUGCUGGUUUAAGGCUAGGGAGCUGAAUUUUACAACUACUUUUUAAAGGUCAGGCAGACAGGAAGUCAAGAGGAUGCAGACAUCAACGGCCAGAACCAGAACCCCUCCCCAUCACUCAAAAAACUGUAUUUCCACUGGUGAUCCUGUAAGUUACAGUUCAGUUUGAAACUUAAUACAGGUUAUUUUUUACAUUUCAGAACAUCCUCGGGGUAAAUGACAUAACGUCUGCUUUUGACUGAUGUCAGGCGCCAUCUUGUCUGCAGAUAGGAUGAAAAUCUUUUUAAAAUAAAAUACAAAAUUGGAAACCACAGUCUUAUUUAACAUGAUUAGUAUGAAGUUACACUGAAGUAUGAAGGUUUCACGGAAGUUCCUAAAUUUGCUCUGAGUGAAGAAAUUCAUAGAAAAUUCUUAAUUUAUCUUCAGUUUAGAAAAGUUAUUUUUAGAAAAUACUUAUUUUAUGAUCAUUCAUUUUCUGUCCGCAAUUAAAAUACAAUUUUUAGCCAAAAUCAAAGUGUUUCUAGGACGUUUUCUGCUGAGUAGCUCAUUAGAAAUGAGUUGUGGGCGGGGCUGUUGGAGCAGAGGUAAGCCUCGGCUGGUAUCCCAUCAUCCCUUUGUUUAUCUGUGUUUUUGAACUUUUACUAUGCGGCGCCUUGUUUGACCAAGGUGAUUUCAAGGCGCCAUACAAAUCUAAUAAACUUAAACUCCCACUCUGCUAGGCUUACA